UGUGUGCUGUCGAUGGUUCGUGUGAACAGUUCAGUGGUGUGUGUAUCCACGGUUGUGGGAAGGGUUACUAUGGAGACAACUGUACACAGGCCUGCGACAAGUGUAUAGACCAACUCUGCGACCAGAGGAGCGGAAACUGCACGCUGGGGUGUGUACCACAUUAUGGCGGACCCACCUGUGAUAUUUCCUGCGACAGGUGUUGGAACACGACCACCUGCGGCAGGGACGACGGUCAGUGCUGGUCCGGAUGUCAGCCAGGGUUUAGAGGGGUCAACUGUAAGGACAGGUGUGAGAAUUGUGGAGGAGAUCACACCUGUAACCAAUUUACUGGGCAUUGUUCUCACGGCUGUGCUGCAGGAUUUAUUGCCCCUGAUUGUAAAGUACAGGAGCGACGCAGCUCUCUCAUGCUCACCAUUCUGUUGAUACUGAUGGUACUAGUGGUGCUGCUGGCGUUUCCCGUCUGGUACCUGUUGAUCAUUCGGCCUAUCAGAGAGACGUGUCGGCAGCGGGACGACGAGUACGUUGCCACACCAUCUCCAACCUUGAUAGAAGACAACAGCAAAUCGUCAGCAAGAGUAACGGAUUCCGGUCUGACCCACACCACCGACGUCAGUUACACCACCGACACCACCCAAACGACGGACGCCACCACCACCACUGCCAGCUCCGCCAGCGACAGCGCGUCUGCGCGGAGUAACAAAGACGCCGAGUCGAGCGUCGAUGACGUGAGCAGAGUGACGCCGGAGAAAUCCGAAAAGUCGUCAAGCAGUAUGCGCAGCACGCUAGUGGACAAAAAAACCGAACGCAAGACAGUCAAGUUUAGUUCGUCUAUUGAAAGUUGAUCCAGUAUCUCGUACCGGAAACAAACCAAUCAAGUUUUGCGUAAAAAAAACUAGCUAGUGACAUAUAACUAGUUUGUAUUGUUUAAAAUUGUAUUGUUUAUAUUACCGGUCACUCAUUUUGACCAA